AAGAUUGAGUUUUCAAGUUUUGUGUGCGGAUUUUGUGUGUGUGUGUGUGUGUGUGUUUAACUUCAGGUGUUUGAUCAGUACCUGAACUUCAUCACUCUGGAAGACGACAUGUUCAUCCUGUGUCACCAGAGCAAGGAGCUCAUCUCCUACCACGCCAUCAACAGAGCAGACAUCCAGGACACGGACAUGGAGGCCAUCAUGGACACCAUCGUCGACAGUCUCUUCUGCUUCUUCGUCACACUGGGUGCCGUGCCGAUCAUCCGCUGUCCACGGGGAAUAUGGAGUUAUUUUCUAUCUUCAUUCAAGAGCCUGGUCUUUCGGUUUGUGCGCAUCACUUGGUGAUAUCUCGUUCAGAUUCCUCAUUCUUUCCUUCAAAAUCUGCCCUCCCACUCAAACAGCUCCUUCUUGUGCUCAAACACUUUUUUCUUGCAUUUGCAUUUAUUGCUUGUGAGCAAAUAAAUUGUUGCUCGCACUUAGACUAUCAAACCCUCAACCAGUAGGAUUCCAGGUGUAGUGUUGAACGUCAGAGAGAAUUGUUUCGAUUGUUUCAGUCAAACUGUGUCAUCGAAUUAUUAAAUAUAAACUUGAUCCACCAGUUAACUCAUCGACAUCAUCAGAUGUGCUCUAUCAUCACAAAACAAUAUUUAUUCUAGACGGAUAUUCCACAAAACCAGGCGCUGAAUUGAUGACAUGUAUAUGUGCAAC